UUUUUACAAUUAACCCAAAUUUUCUUUUUAGCACUUGAAGACUUAAACUUAGCAUAUGCUGCUGAUCCACUCCCAUUUCAUCGUCAUUUUACACAGAAGAAACGAAUACAAACCCAGAAAAAAAAAUGAGGAACAAAGCAGCCAGAGAAGCAAUAAAAGCCAAGAAAUCAUUGAAGCUACAAGAACUGAGACAAAAAGCAUUAGAAGAAGAACGCAAACCUCUCUCAGCGGCAAUUAAACAAACAGUUAUCGGUCACUCCGAUAUCCGCCGCCACCACCACCACCUCCUCCCUUGCCAUGCACCGUGGUCCGGCGUUGUCAACACCAGACUCAAAUCCAACGAGAAGCCUCCUGUUUCUUCUCAGUUUUGUAAAUUCAUCGGCAUUGCAGAUGCUCCUAUUACUAGCUCUGCAAAUCUUGUGUCCAAUUUCGUCAAACUUUAUAAUCGCCAGAACCCGGGGAUGGGGAAAGGAGAUGACUUUGUUGAACACGGGAGAAACUAUUGGGAUCAGAGAGAUGUCCAAGGUGCUCUCCAAUUAAUUGGGACUUCAACUUUACGUGAGUUUAGAUAUUUUCUGUGCUUUUCUUGGAGCCAUGUUCGUGGGAUUAGAUAUAGAGUAAGAACUUGUAGAUUUUCGGUAACUGUAAUUGUCGCUUUGACAUUGCAUAUGAGUUAUGCGUUUUUGAUGGUCCUAUGAUUUGCUUCUUUUAUGGUUUACGAAUUUGUUAUCUC